AUGGCCCCAUAUGAGGCACUUUAUGGACGUAAGUGUAGGUCCCCAGUGCAUUUGGAUGAUGUUGGAGAAAGAAAGAAAUUAGGGCCAGAGAUUGUUCAAAAUACUAGUGAAGUCAUCAUUAAGAUAAAGGAGAGAAUGAAGGCAGCUCAGAUUCGAUAUAAGAGUUAUGCGGACAAUCGAAGAAAAGAUUUGGAGUUUUCUACAAGAGAUAUGGUAUUUCUUAAAGUUGCUCCUAUGAAAGGGGUGAUGCGGCUUGCUUUACCACCUGCAUUAUCUGGAAUGCAUAAUGUAUUCCAUGUAUCCAUGCUCCACAAAUACGUUCAUGAUCCUUCACAUGUGGUGAGUUUCGAGCCUCUUCAAAUCAAUAUGGACCUUACAUAUGAAGAGUUACCACUCCGAAUCGUAGAUCAAAAGGAAAAAGAACUAUGCACUAAGAAGACUCCUUUGGUAAAAGUUUUAUGGAGAAAUCAUUCAGUAGAAAAAGCCACUCGGGAAUGUGAAGAUAAGAUUUGCAAGAAGUAUCUCCAUCUAUUUGAUAGUUAA